UGAAAGUAGAAAUGGUGAUUGCCAUUUAAUAUUUGUUGCACGUGCAUCACAGGAGACACACACACAGUAUACAAUAACACAACCACAUCUACUGUACAUGGAUCACUUGCCACUACGCUUUUUUUUUAUUUUUUUAUUUUAGUUUGUAUUUACCACCUAAACCAACCUAAACAUAAAAAAACAUUUGAUGUUAGAAGUACAGCAGAAUUUGUUCCGCACUGGCACCACCACUGCAUGGUUCUUUAAAUGUGACAUUGAGGCUGCUUCUCUCAUUUAUACUUGUACUUCCUUUCUGUGAUCUUCACCGUGAACUCACAGUGACAUAAAGGUUACAGAGAGAACACAGGUUAAGCCUGUCUGGACACACUAUCCUGAGACUGGCACAAGUUCUUUACCGCAUGGAUUAAAGCCUAUAGGUUCACAACAACCUACAGCUUUUAAAUAAAUGUUGUAUUUAAAGCCUUGUCAUUGGUAUUUUUUAGAACUGAAUGAGCCUUCAUGUUUGGAGUGAAAUUCAGUUCCAGUGAAAACAAAUCAUGACUUGUCCUCACCUCGUGGACAUCUCUGCCAAACCUGUCUGACCAGGCUUAUGAUCAAAAUCUAGAUCGUCAACAACGUUGGUAAUAGCAGCGGAACAACACGAGACGUAAGAAGCCAUCUGAUAUCUGUGCACUGAAGCACCUGUCUUGCAGACUUUUAUUUCUGUCAGUCUCUCCCAAGGUGACCCUACUGAGAAUGCAGAGCCAGAUUCUUCUUAUGCUGAACUGAGUUCAGAAAUGCGUAAUGUAGUUCUGUAAUAUAAUGCACACUGCUCAUGGAUGAUCAUAGUUAUUACUCAAGGCACAACAAGAAUAAGCACUGGGGAUGCAGAGUGGGAAUAAAAGAGGCCCCAUUCUUCCUAUUUCCUAUUAAGCCAAUGUGACGUAAAUAGUUGAAUAAUGCUGCUUUAAUACUGUAUGUAAGGACAGGUAACCUAAACAGGAAAGUAGGGAUUAUAGACGGAUGUGCAGCUUCCCCCCUUGUGUCUAGUAUUUGUUGUGCAAUUUUGAUUAUUAUUUAAUUUGUCAUUAUGGAAGUUUAACAGUUUGCUUUGAAUGCUACGGACUAUUAGUGUAGCGUAUGUUUGUUUGUUUUUUUUCCCCCUUUAACCACAGCUAUUUAUCAGUGAUUUGACUUCCUGGCUGAAUGCUUCAUAAGAACUGGGACUGGAUAUAGCAGGCGGCGUGCUGCACAGCAGGUUGCACACUAAUUAGCCCUGAUAUUGUAACUGCUGCCAGGAGGGGGUGUGGGGCGCUAAGACUGAGCCUCAUUGCGCACGUGUGUGCGCUUGAUGGAGGAUGAGCUCCAGGGCGCCCUGCUGCGACUGUGAUCCAGACUGAAUCCACAUGGUGGAGGCUUGACAGCUGACAACACCCUGAAAUACUUAUCAUACUUAAUGUACGGUGAUUACAGGAAUCUUGAAAUCACCUCUUUUUUUGUUUGGUUUUCUGGAGCCCAUGUCAGGCUGUUUGUCUGACACCAGAACAGGAAAAAGUCCUGUGGAAAAGAAAUUGUUGCCUUGCGACCGUUUUUGAUGAAUGCAUUCAGAGUUGAGUCAAACGUAUCGUAACGUCUCUAUUUCUGUAGAAGGAGUGAAGGGGAGGUGAGUUUCUCGCACAGGAAAGCCCACAGUCAAAGCCACGUCCUGAGGGCUUCUGAGUCACACGUUCACAGUCACGACUAAGCAUGAGGGCAGUGGUGGUGGUGGUGGUGGGGGGGGGUCUUUCUGCUACUUUAUCCCACGAGCCAUGAGUCAGGACACAAUCAACUGGUUCACCAUCGUCAAAUCCCCCCCACUAUGACCCGUCAAGCUCCUUAAGACAGAUGGCACAUCAGAGCUCUGUGUGUGUAGGCUUCGUGGGAGUGGGUGCUCAUGUGACUAAGCACUUCUUGAAACUCCCGACAUCGUGCGGAGGGACCGCCAUGUUGUCUGGGGUCCUCUGAUAAGGGUACCCCCCCCCUUGUGUUCUGUGGUAGUUCCUUUAACCUCGAAGGGACUGACCUGACCCCGAGUGAUAUUUAGAAAAGUGCAGUAUCUGGACAGGUUUCACAUCCUGAGUGGAGCGUUCACAGAAAACUAAUGGAGACGUUUUUGACCUUGUCACCAUUUCACAUGUUCUGUGACAAUAAUGUAACUGAGAAGACUUGGACUGAAAUAAUGAGCUGGGGACAGUGCCCAGGAAUAUAAUACAAGUGAUUUAAAUGCAAUCAUCUUUGACCAUUCAUCUUGACCCUUGAGCUCUUUGUCUUCUGCUGGCCGUUAGUUAUGUCUUAAUUGCGCCAUCAUUGUUUCUGGGGCUGUGAUUGUUCAGAAACACAAUUGCUCGUUCACGUCUCUCAAUGGCCAGACGAGCGCAGCUAUUUCACCCCAGUUCUGCCUCGUCAUCUGCUCCGGUGUCUUCUUGAUUUUCUGCAUUGUUUAAGAUUUAUUAGCACCGACUUCAACAUGACACUCAUUUUACUGCGCGAUUGCAGAAUCAAGCCAGUGUAUUCCUUUGGAAGCUUUGUAUCAUAUCCGGUGUUUGUGAGGUUAAAUGUAACAAACAAAAAACAAAACUGCAGGUCUUACGCAUGCAACCUCCAUUUGCUUUGUCUUGGUGCUGUUGCUUUUUUGUUUUUGGGGCCACUAUGAGAAACACUGUGGUUCUUGUGAAUGCUUUCAGUGGUUGAGAACCUAAGCUCAUAGUGCACACGCUGAAAAUCAAAAUUAGCAAACCAAUAAAAGGAAAUAAAGUAAAAAAAAAAAUAAAAAAACACUCACAAAAAGCAUCUACUGACUGAAUAUCCUAUCCUUUCGUCAUCCUUCUCUCAAUAGCUUCAUCUCUCAGUAAUAUGUUUAAGAUUAAUAGCCUGAAACCAGAAAUCACACAUUGGCCUGAAAAAGGUAUUAUAAUGUGUAGGAAGAUAUGUACCUGCCAUUCCUCCUCAGUGUUGUAACAGUAAGUAAAAUUCUUUCAUGCCAGUGGGAGCACUAUGACUGAGGCAAAACUUGGCAAAAAAAGGACAGAAGGUGGAAACUAAAAGAGGUAAUUAUGCUUCACAGAAUGUUAGCUAGUCGUUUUCUAAAAGAAAGUUUAACUCCCUUUAUGCAAUGGUGAAGUCCAAGUCAUGUGUCCAAAGCCUCAGCAGAUUUCAGCCAAUCUCAGAGUGAUUAGCAGGGCUUUUCGGUCUAUCCUUAGCUUCCCGUGCAUCUGAUUAGCGGCUAGGCCCGCUACUGGAGGGAGACUCCUGGAAUGGUUUGUAGUUUCUCUGCUUGCUGGGAGUUUACAUCUCACUCUCUGUGAGUCCAGGACUAUUUCCUUUUUUCCUUUAGAUUUUUUGUAGUUGUCUGGAUUAUGAGUGUGCAGCAUGUCCUGGAGUGAGUGGUUACCAUCCAACAUCCUGUGCAGCCUCUUCCUAAAAGUCAGCUUAGGAGAAACAUGGCAACUCUCUGCUGUUGUUUGCCUAAGCUGACCUGCCUUCUUCUUCUGCCCCCCUAAGACUUUCCCUCUUUCAUCCAGAGCACUGAUACAACCAUCAGCAUCAAAAUGUCGUCCCACAAACACCACUUCCAGUGCUUUAAUGCCGUCGGCGGUGAAAGCCUCCACAGGUCUUCUCUCCCCUUUAAACAUCAUACCACCCAGCUACCUAGGAUCCCCCGACAUGGCAUGGUGGCCCAUCAUGAACCCGUUGGCGAAUGCUACCUCUGCACAGAGUAUAGACAUGCCCAGGAAGUGGAAGCGGUAGAGACUCAGUUGUCACCUUUCUAUCAUACCCCAUAUCACCAUCACCACCACCAGCAGCACCACCCGCACCAGUAUGUCCUCAGGGGGCCGAGCAGGCCCGAAGAGGUGCCCUCGAGGCACGGCCGCCACGUUCAUCAUCACAGGCACAAUAAGAAGGUGGUGCUGGUGAAGAACAGCGACCCCGCGUUCAGGAAGACGAUCGUUUUACACCGCAGGAGUGUACACAGUUUUGGCCUUUUCUUACAGGAAGUGUCUCAGCUCAUGGAGUACCACAUCAGGAAGCUGUAUACUCUCGACGGCCGCAAGAUUGACAGCGUCCAGAGUCUUCUGCAGUGCCCCAGUGCUCUCGUGUGUGUGGGGCGGGAGCCCUCUCACCCUUCCAUUGUGGAGAAUUUUCACAAGACAUCAGUUGACAAACUUCCACAGCUGAAUGUGAAGUCACAUCCCACUGUUUGCAGCGAAGGACAAGAGAGACUCACUGCAAAGAAAAGUGUCAUCCAUCCAGACAUGCACUCCGACAACAGAGCUACCAGACAGUCAGUGUCAUCCGACAAGUCAGCACCAGAUGGAACUGAAUCCCCAGAUCAUGUCGAUUCCUGUCCACCCACUGGUGAUGGUCUGAGAGAAGAUGAUAUAGAGAAACUGGUUCGUGUUAACAAAGAUGGCAGCUUGUCCAUGGAGAUGAAAGUGCGCUUUAGACUACAAAAUGACGAGACGCUACACUGGUCUACAGAAGUAAGAAAGACCACAGGCAGGACCAGUGAGUACCUCCAAGGACACAACAACCCCUAUUUUUCACAGGUUAGCGACAGAAGCUACACAGAAUCUGAAAUCAUCUCCGCUGGUGAGGAAGACGAGGCUUACAUCACUCAGCGCUAUCAAAGACACAUGGAGGAGCCUCACUGUCCUCACUGUUGCAGUCAUUGCCAGGAGUAUCAAAUCUGGUCUAGUCUGCCGGGGACUCGUGGAGAAAGUCGCCACAUUCAAACUUCCAGCUCAAGUGCAUCCUCACAUACCGUGGUGUCUAGAAAGACAGUGGUUGAAACGCAAACUACCUCUAGAUCAAGUGAAGAGCUUAUAGAGCAAGUGGUGGAGAGAGAAACCUGUGUAAAGCAGACUAUCGAAGCAGCUGAAACCAUAGAAUACUGCACCAUCAGAAGUGACAAUGUGCAAUCCUUCACAACCGACAACUGCGUGGUCAAAACUGCUCAAACGUCCGAACAGGACGAACAAGCAAGAUCAGUUACCUGUGCUUCUUCUCAAAUAUCGACAGGAGAUGAGGAAAAUCAAAAUGAUGAGGACAAUGAUGUUCCACUAAGUUCUUCAAGAGUGUCUUCUAAGGAUUGUGUAUUUGAAAUGGAUGAGACCUCAAGAAGUGAAGAGCUGGAUGGAGGAUCACCUAUGCAACACUUAGACAGAGCAUCCAAUGCUUCAGGGCGCUCUAGCAAGUCACAAAAAUCUAAUGCUCCAUACAUUUGUCGGUGUGGAAUAUCUGACAGUCCCGUGGGCGACACAAAGGGACAAAUCAACACCCAAGCUGAGGAAGAAGGUGAGACACAAAGAGAUCAAUCAAGUGCCAUGUCUGUCAAAUCAAAUGCCUCUUGCAGAUCAGACAAGUCUGGAGAAAUACAGAACACGGUGUUUGAAGAUAAACAGGAAAAAAGAUCCCAAAGUGCCAUGUCAGCUCAUUCAAAAGCCUCGACAAAAUCCAAAUCUGAUGUUUCAAAUGUUGCAGCUGAAGGAAUGCAAAUGUGUGAUGACAAAGAAACAGAGAUGAGACCCUUAUGCAGCAGGUCUGUUAAAUCCUCAAAAUCUGAAAAGUCCAUUAAGUCAGUGGUGGAACCUGAACAACAUGACUUAGAAGAAGAUGCUGGAGAAGAAAGAGCAUUAAGUUCCAUGACAUCAAAAUCCAAAGCUUCGAACAAAUCAAGGGGAUCAAGGGUGUCAUCUCCAGGUGUAAAACAAGCUGAAGAGGAAACUAAGCUGAGGACACCCAGUGCCAUGUCAGUGACGUCAGAUGCCUCUGUAGGAUCGAAACAUAAAACAUCUGAGGUAUUUGCAGAGGAGGGCAUUCAAAGCUCAGCAGAGGGAGAUGAGAAUGAAAGUGAACCGAGCAUUUCAGAUACUGAAGAGAAAAAUGAAGCAGGAUGUGCAGAAGAGAGGGGACAGAGUGCACUGUCAGUUAAAUCAGCAAAGUCGAAUAUUUCAGGCAAAUCUAAAAUGUCAAGGACCAGUGAUAUUUCAGCUGAUGAAAAUGCUGCAGAUUAUAAUGAAGAUGGAGAAAGACCUCCAAGCAAUAUAUCCACUAUAUCAGGUAAAUCAUUAAAGUCAAAUGCUUCUGCAGUAUCUAUGAAAUCAAGAGGUUCUGCAGUUCCUUCUGAAAGCUGUGGUUAUGCCUCUGAAGAAAUUGUUAUUGAAGGGGAGACUGAAAGGAGGUCAGUGAGCCCAAUGUCGGUAAAGUCAAAUAUUUCUUCCAAAUCAGAUAAGUCAAAAUGUUCUUCUCAUGUCCCAGCCAAGACAGACAGUGAUGUCCCAAAUGAAGGAAAUGACACAGAGAAAGCUGAAACCAGAACCCCAAGCAGCAUGUCAGUCAAAUCAGCCCGCUCACAUGUUUCUGAAAGAUCUGCAGAGAGGGCACCAAGUGCUUUGUCAGCUAAAUCAGCAAAGUCUUGUGCCUCCAAGAAGUCGAAAGAACAAGAUGGUCAAGCAGAGGAAAAUAUAUUUGACCCUGAAGAACAUGCAGAGAGAGCUCCAAGUAAUUUGUCAGUGAGAUCAGGAAAGUCAGCAAAGUCAAAUGUUUCUGUAAGAUCAAAUAAAUCAAAAUGCUCUGCUGAUGUUUCAGCUAAUGAAAGGCCUGAGAUCUCUGAUGAAGAGGAACAAAGUGAAGAAAGAGCUCUGAGCAGCAUGUCAGCCAAAUCAGGCCGCUCACAUGUUUCUGAAAAAUCUGCAGAGAGGGCACCAAGUGCUUUGUCAGCUAAAUCAGCAAAGUCUCAUGCCUCUUCAAAAUCUGUAAAAUCAAAUAUCUCUGAUGUUCAGCCUGACAAAACUACUUGUGUUACUGAUGAAGUAUGUGGUGAAGAAGAAAGUCAGGAGAGAGCACAGAGUGCAAUAUCAGGAAGAUCUGUAAAGUCAACCAGGUCUGAAAAAUCUGUAAAAGAUUUAAAAGAUCAGGAUGGACAAGCAGAGGAAACUAUAUCCGACCCUGAAGAACAUACAGAGAGAGCUCCAAGUAAUUUAUCAGUGAGAUCAGGAAAGUCAGCAAAGUCGAAUGUUUCAAAAACAUCUAGACGAUCGAAGGUUUCUGAUGCUUGUUUGGGUAACAGUGUAGAGGAUCAUGAGGAAGGAGAGUGUGAGGAGGAGAAUAAGGGGAGAACAGGAAGUUCUAUGUCAGUCCAGUCAAAAAAAUCAAAUGUUUCUGCAAGAUCUAGUAAGUCCAAAUGUUCUGCUGAUGCUUCAGCUAAAGAAAGGCCUGAAAUCUCUGAUGAAGAGGAGCAAAGUCAGGAGAGAGCUCUGAGCAGCAUGUCUGCUAAAUCAGCCCGCUCACAUGUUUCUGAAAGAUCUGCAGAGCGAGUACCAAGUGCUUUGUCAGCUAAAUCAGCAAAGUCUCAUACCUCUUCAAAAUCUGUAAAAUCAAAUAUCUCUAAUGUUCAGUCUGGUGAAACUACUAGUGCUCCCGAUGAAGAAUGUAGUGAAAAUGAACAUCAAGAGAGAGCACAGAGUACAGUUUCGGAGAGAUCUGUGAAGUCAACAAAUUCUGCAAAAUAUAAGUCAAAAGAACAAGAUGGUCAAGCAGAAGAAGAUAUAUCUGACCCUGAAGAACAUACAGAGAGAGCUCCAAGUAAUUUAUCAGUGAGAUCAGAAAAAUCAGCAAAGUCAAAUGUUUCUGUAAGAUCAAAUAAAUCAAAAUGUUCUGCUGAUGCUUCAGCUAAAGAAAGGCCUGAGAUCUCUGAUGAAGAGGAGCAAAGUCAGGAGAGAGCUCUGAGCAGCAUGUCAGCUAAAUCAGCCCGCUCACAUGUUUCUGAAAAAUCUGCAGAGAGGGCACCAAGUGCUUUGUCAGCUAAAUCAGCAAAGUCUCAUGCCUCUUCAAAAUCUGUAAAAUCAAAUAUCUCUGAAGUUCAGUCUGACAAAACUACUUGUGUUACUGAUGAGGUAUGUGGUGAAGAAGAAACUCAGCAGAGAGCACAGAGUGCAAUAUCAGGAAGAUCUGCAAAGUCAACCAGGUCUUCAAAAUCUGAGUUAAAAGAACAAGAUGGUCAAGCAGAGGAAAUUAUAUCUGACCCUGAACAACAUACAGAGAGAGCUCCAAGUAAUUUAUCAGUGAGAUCAGGAAAGUCAGCAAAGUCGAAUGUUUCUGCAAGAUCAACUAAGUCCAAAUGCUCUGCUGAUGCUUCAGGUAAUGAAAGGGCUGAGAUCUCUGAUGAAGAAGAGCAAAGUGAAAAGAGAUCCCCAAGCAGCAUGUCAGCUAAAUCAGCCUGCUCACAUGUUUCUGAAAAAUCUGCAGAGAGGGCACCAAGUGCUUUGUCAGCUAAAUCAGCAAAGUCUCAUGCCUCUUCAAAAUCUGUAAAAUCAAAUAACUCUGAAGUUCAAUCUGACAAAACUACUUGCAUUCCUUGUGACAAAUGUGGUGAAGAAGAAAGUCAGGAGAGGGCACAUAGUGUAAUAUCAGGAAGAUCUGCGAAGUCAACCAGGUCUGAAAAAUAUGAGUUAAAAGAACAGGAUGGACAAGCAGAGGAAACUAUAUCUGACCCUGAAGAACAUACAGAGAGAGCCUCGAGUAAUUUAUCAAUGAGAUCAGGAAAGUCAGCAAAGUCGAAUGUUUCAAAAACAUCUAGACGAUUGAAGGUUUCUGAUGCUUGUUUGGGUAACAGUGUAGAGGAUCAUGAGGAAGGAGAGUGUGAGGAGGAGAAUAAGGGGAGAACAGUAAGUUCUAUGUCAGUCCAGUCAAAUAAAUCAAAUGUUUCUGCAAAAUCUAGUAAGUCCAAAUGUUCUGCUGAUGCUUCAGCUAAAGAAAGGCCUGAAAUCCCUGAUAAAGAAGAGCAAAAUCAAGAGAGGGCUCUGAGCAGCAUGUCAGCUAAAUCAGCCCGCUCACAUGUUUCUGAAAGAUCUGCACAGAGGGCACCAAGUGUGUUGUCAGCUAAAUCAGCAAAGUCACAUGCCUCCUCAAAAUCUAUAAAAUCAAAUAUCUCUGAUGUUCAGUCUGGCAAAACUACUAGCGCCCCCGAUGAAGAAUGUGGUGAAAAUGAACAUCAAGAGAGAGCACAGAGUACAGUUUCGGAGAGAUCUGUGAAGUCAACAAAUUCUGCAAUAUUUAAGUCAGAAGAACAUGAUGGUCAAGCAGAAGAAGAUAUAUCUGACCCCGAAGAACAUACAGAGAGAGCUCCAAGUAAUUUAUCAGUGAGAUCAGGAAAAUCGGCAAAGUCAAAUGUUUCUUUAAGAUCGACUAAGUCCAAAUGCUCUGCUGAUGCUUUAGCUAAUGAAAGGCCUGAGAUCUCUGAUGAAGAGGAGCAAAGUCAGGAGAGAGCUCUGAGCAGCAUGUCAGCUAAAUCAGCCCGCUCACAUGUUUCUGAAAAAUCUGCAGAGAGGGCACCAAGUGCUUUGUCAGCUAAAUCAGCAAAGUCUCAUACCUCUUCAAAAUCUAAAAACUCAAAUAUCAAAUGUUCUGCUGCUGCUUCAGCCGAUGAAGAAGAGCAAAGUGAAGAGAGAGCCGCAAGCAGCAUGUCAGCUCAAUCAGUCCAGUCAAAUUUUUCUGAGAUAUCUAUCAAGUUUGCAGACAGAACACAUAGUGCUUUGUCAGCUAAAUCUGCAAAGUCACACAAAUCUACUAAAUCCACCAAAUCACACGUUUCUGCUGUCCAAUCUGAUAUGCCUGACGAGGGAGAUGGAAAAUAUCAAAGUGAAGAUAGGGCACAGAGUGCCAAGUCAGCAAAAACUGCAAAGUCAACUAUUUCUGCAAAAUUGACUAAGUCAAGAGGACCAGAUGGUCCAGCUGAAGACCAUACAACUGACCAAGAAGAGCAAUAUGACAGAGUGCCAAGCAGCAGAUCUGUCAGAUCAGCAAAAUCAUCAAAGUCAAACAUCUCAAAAAUAUCAAGUCUAACGUCUGAAGCUUCGACCAUCCACUGUGACCACAUUGCUGAAAAGGAAAACGAGGAGGAACAUGAUGAAAGCAGAUCAGUAAGUUCGAUGUCAGUGUCUUCAAUCGAGUCAAGUAUUUCUGAAAAACAUUCAGCCGUUGUUCAAAUUGAAGAAACCAGAUCUGAGUCACAGUUUUCUACAAUAUCUAGGAAAUCGAAUGCUUCCAAAGUUCAUUCUGAGACUAAUACUGAUACAAAUAAUGAAAGAGAAUCUCAUGAGACAAAUGAGUCAAAAGUCUUGUUGGCUGCAGCAGAGGAGAGACCUUAUGAUUAUGAUCACAAAGAAAGAGCUGCAAGCAACAUGUCAGUGAAAUCAGCAAAAUCGGCCAAGUCGAAUAUUUCAAAGACAUCUAAGAAAUCAAAGGCUUCAGACAUCACUUCGGAGCAGUGUACGGAAAUCACUGGUGAAGAAAACGAAGGGAGAGUGAGCCCAAUGUCAGCUCAGACAAUUAAGUCAAAUACUUCAGCAAAAUCUAAAAGGUCAACACGCUCUGAUAUUUCAGUAGUACAAAGCAUCCACAGUCCCAAUGAGAACGACGACCCAACUGAAGAAAGAGCUGGAAGCUGCGUUUCAGUCAAAUCAGUUCAGUCUAAGAAAACGUCAGAGAGAUGUCCUUCAGCUUUGUCAGCCAAAUCACAUGCUCAUGGAGUUUGUUCUGGGAAAACUAGUAACUUGUCUGAUGAAAGGAAUGAUGAAGAGGAAACUCCAGAGAGACCACAGAGUGCAGUAUCUGCCAAAUCCACAAAGUCAGCCAUGUCUGUAAAAUCAAGUAAGUCAAAAGUGUCCCAUGAACCAGCUGACGAAAAAGCAGAAAGAGCAGCAAGUGGUAUGUCAAAGGGUUCUGCAAAGUCAAAUGCCCCGACACAGUCUCCAAGAUCCAAAGGUACAUUUCCAGGUGAUGGAUGUGCUGCAGAAGAACAAACAGAGACAGUACCAAGUACACUGCCAACAUUGUCAAAUGAGAAAUGUGAAAAAGCUUCUCAGGCUUCUGUUUGCGAUUCUGAUGAAGAAGACGCUGAACAAGUAACUGAGGAGGUCAAAUCAAAUAUUUCUGUAUCAUUGAGGAGUGCAACGCCCUGUGAAAUUUCCUCAGAGGAGGACAAUCCAAAAGAAGAGGAAAUUGUACAAAGACCAUCGAGCAUGUUGUCAGUUAAAUCAGCCAAAUCCACCAGAUCAAGGAAGUCAACGAGUUCUGCAAAAUCAAAAAGUUCUGCAAAAUCAAAAAUCUCUAAUACCCCAGGUGAUGAAAGUUCUGAGGAGAAUGCAAGUACCACUUCCAUAAAAUCUGCAAAAUCAAGCAAAUCAAACACCACAGCAGGAUCAAAGAAAUCAAAAGCUUUAAAAGGAGGAGACGCUGAGAUGAAAGCAAUGAGCCCAGUGUCUGCGAAAUCAGUAAAGUCAAAUGUGACAUCAGUGUCCAGAAAAUCAGAAGCCUCUCACUGUCCUGAAAAAUCAGAGGCAGAUCAAACAGAGAGGACUCCAAGUGGUUUGUCAGUGAAGUCAAACAAUUCUGAAAGAAGCACAAAGUCAAACAAAUUAGUAUCAAAUCCAGCGGAUGUCCUUGGUGUGACCACUGAGGAAAGUGAAGACAGGGUAUCCACAGCCAUGUCAUCAAAGUCCAAGGCUUCAGCACGUUCAAAAAAGUCAUCAUCUGACACUAAAGGGCUACCAGAAAGUUCUAUAAGUGUGACAUCACAUCAGUCCGUUAAAUCUAGUAAAUCCAAAGAAACCAAUAUUUUAACAAAUGAAGAUACAGAAAAGAAAGAUGACACAGAUGUUGAUGUUACAUGUGUAUCUGCAGCGAACGCAGGGGAUGUGAAUUCCAAAGGAAAGAGUUUGUGUAGUUUGGAUGAGGAAAAGAAACCAUCUACACCUGAUAAGAGGAGCUGUCACUCUAAGACAAACAAGUCAUCUACAGAGGUCAUUUCUAAACCAAAAUCUGCAUCAAAGUCAGAAACCUACCAGAGUCCACGGCCAUCAAAAGGAAAUAAACAUUGUGUUAUUUGUCGCACAGAGUCAGAUGAAAGUGAUUUGUCUCAAGCUCUGUCCAGUGCAGAUCUUGCCAAAGAGAUGUGUGAGACUCACACAUCUGAAGAAUCAAAAUCUAAUGUGUCUAAGAAGAUAUCAAAUGGUCAAGUGAAAGCUACAGACACAGGGAGGAGUGAUAAUAAAAGUGACAAAAGCAGCAAACACAAGAAAACAGAUGAUUUUGACCUGGUCCCAUCUAGCUUACCCAAUGCAUCCCCAACCGAGGUUGUAAAUGAAUGGCUGAAAACAAUACCAGAAAAUGGUAAUAUAUGUGACAUGGAGGAGAUUCAUGAUGGACAAAAAACUGAACCCGAAUCAGAGGAAAUUGACAGAGGAAUGGAGGAUAACGCAAACAAAGCUGAGAAUUCAAAUGAUGCAGACAAAGGGGAUGUACUGAACAGUGAACAUAAUAAUGACUCCAAAACAAGUCCAGAGGCAAAUAAUGAUGACAACACCUGCACUCAGAGAGAAGAUACCCCAAAGGUAUAUAACUCCUCCAUACAAGUGAUGAAAGUACUUUUAAAUCCAAAGCUUGACAGAUGUAACAGUAUGCCAGAAAUAUCUCCAGUUUAUGGACGUAAGCUGAGCACCUCAGCUACAGGUCUUUUGGACUGCCUUGUGAAGUUGCAGUUAAUAGACCAUGAUCCUAAAAAUGCAGACGAAAAGGAUGAGCGGUACAAAGCACUAAUGAAUAUACUAAAGUCUCUUUGGCUAUGUGAUCCUUCAGAAAAUGAACAUGUAUUAAAGAAGGACGAUCAGCAUUGUGUGGAUGAUGACUUCAAUCAGACGUCAUCCUCUGGCGUGGAUGUCAACAGUGGCUCCACGGGCUCUGGGAAGAGUAGCGAUGGUGUAAAAAGCGGUAACGAUGUGAAUGGAGAUGUGUUGCAGUCUCACACCAGUGCGGAUAUGUUAGGGAAAGUACAAAACGUCUGUGAAGUUGAAACCAAGAGAGGGGGGAUGUAUGAGGAAAAACAAAAAGAAGAUGACCUAGCUACAGAUGACACAAUCAGAAGCAAUGACAGUCCCAAAGAACUACCUGAAACACCCCAGUCCUCAAACCACAGCUCAGGAAAUGAAAGCAAUGGGCAAAAGCUUCCAGAAGAAGUUGAUAAAGAAACUUGUAUUCCGAUUCACAGAUCUCAAGAUCCUGAUCCCAUGUGGGUCUUAACCUUGCUAACUAAAAUAGAAAAGCAGUUCAUGAAGCAUUAUGUCAGUGCAAUGAAAGAGUUCAAAUUGCGAUGGAACUUGGGAGAUAAUGACCAGCUUGACAUGAUGAUAAAUGAACUUAAGACAGAGGUUCACAAAAAAAUCCAAACAAGUAUAGACAGAGAAUUAAGGAAAAUUCAAGUUCAAGCGUGUCUGCCAAGACCCCCGAAAGAGGUGAUGUCCCGCACUUCAACAACACAAAUUGAGAACAGAAGGCGGAGACUGAUGAUCAUGCUCAAUCAAUCAAUUGACUCCCAAGCAGAGAAGAGCGAUGAUUCAACAACAGGGACAUCUUACAGUGACCAGCGUAGUGACACUGAUGAUUACUGUCCGUGUGACACGUGCCUCAAGCAAAAAAUCACAUCGAGUCCAACUCUUAUGGCAGAAGUUAGACACACUGCACCUCUUAGCAUGGACUUUGACCUAAAGAGGAUUCUUAUGAUGAAGACUGCUGACUCUGGGAAUUCACAGGCAAUCACCUGUACAUCUCAGUCUAGAAAUUAUGUUCAAACACAAGCAGCCGAAACACUUAUAGAAAAGAUUAUUGAUCAAGCUGUAAAAGUAGUAGAAGGGGAUGGAGCAAGCGAAAAGGAAGGUGUGUGUCAAGAUGUAAUUCAGCAGGACACGUCUGAAAACAGUGAAGCAGAAGAGGAAGACCCAGUCAAGGAACUCACUGAAAAGCCUGAUGCUGAAGAAACAGUUUCUCCUAUUGACAGCAAUGAGGAAAUGACCAAGACAGAAAAUGCAAUGGCUGAAAAUGAGAGAGCAGAUAUAGGCACAGAUAGAGAAGAAUCCAUAGCAGACAGCAUGGACAUUGCUGAAGAGAACAUAGUAGAAGUUGAAGCAGCUAUUAUUAAAAAUGAAACACCUGGAGAAGUCAUGGAGGAUGCGGUCAGAGCUGAUGAAGACUGCAAAACUGAGUCCAAAGAAGAGGAAGAGACAGGAGACAAAGAGGAAGAUAUGUUAGAAAAAGAGGCCGCCGUGGUUCUGUCAACUGACCAUCAACCUGACGAAGAAGAGGAUAAUGACGAAGUAAUUCUUGCAACAGAUGAUCCUGAAAAGGAGAAUGAUGGCACAGCGUCAGUAACGGGUUCAGAAAAGGAACCCAUUAAGGAGGCAACAGCUGAAGAUGAGACUGCAGAGGAAAAAGAGACUGCACUCUCAAUUGAUGAUGAAAAGGAGAUAGCUUCUGAAGCAAUCCCAGCUAAGGAGGAAAAUGCAGCCUUAGAGACUACCAUACCAGCCACGGAUGAGCAUGACUCACAAAAACAUCAUGACUCAGAAGAAGCAGAUGAAGUAGCAACAACAGAUGAUGAUCUAGCAAACAAAGCAACUUCGGUCUUAACUGAUCAUGAAUCUGAAAAUGAGGAUGUUGUGGAAGCAAGUAUGGUUGAUGACAGAGAAGAAAGAGCCAGUGAAGACGAUUCUGCAGAAGAUUCCACCACAAAUGAAUGUAAUGAACUGACAAAACAAGCAGAUGAAGAAACAACUGAAGAUGAGCUGGUUGUUGAAAAAGAUGCUGAUGUUACCAGUGAGGAUGAAUUUAACAAAGAUGCUGCUGAAGAUGAAAAUGCAGAAACAACCGGUUUAGAAGACACAACUGAACAUGAAUCUGACAAAGAUGAGGCUGUAGAAGAAGGGAUAGUCAGUGAUGAAGAGGAAAUUCCUGCCACCCAUGCAGAUGAGUCUUCAGAUGAGAACAAUGAAACAGCCAAAGCCGAUGAAUCAUCAGAAGAACCAGUUCAAGCAUAUUCUUCUACUGAAGAUGAGAUGGCUGAAGAAAAACUGAUUUCAGGCACAGGGGAAGCUGAAUCAACAGAUGAGACUGAUGAAAAUGAAACUGCAGAAGAAAAAACUGCUUUGGCAGUAUCAGUUGAUCAUGAAUCUGACAAUGAGAAAGCUGUGGAAGCAGGACAAUUUGACGACGGAGAAGAGACUGGUGCUGCAAGUGGUGAUGAUUCCACAGAAAAUUUAGAUACCAUUACAAAUGAAGAUGAAACUUCAGAUGAGACUGACACUGCAGUAAAUGAACCACCAAAUGAACCAGCUCAAGAAGCAACUGAAGAUGAGUUGGUUGUGGAAAAGCAGGCUCUUACAAGUGAGAAUGGGCUUAAUGAAGGUGCUUCUGAAGCAACCUCAAGUGAAGAUGAAAAUGCAGCAGUAGAGGCCGAUGCAGCAGUCACAAGUGAACAUGAAUCUGAAGAUGAGGCUCUGGAAAAGCAAACGCUCACUGAAGCAGAUGAGACUGCAGAUGACAAUGCUUCUGACAAAUCAUCAGAAGAACCAGAUGGAGUAGCAACAACUGAAGAUGAACUGAUUGUAGAACCUAACAAAGAUGUUGCUGAAAUCACCACAUCUGAUGAUGAAAAUGCAGAAGAAACCAGUGUGGCAGCGACAAGUCAACAUGAAUCUGACACAGAUCGAGAUGAAUCAAAGGAUGAAGUUGCUGAAGAUGAAACUGUGGCAGAAGACACUGAGAAAGAGGAAAGUGUAGAAGCAGGACAGGCUGAUGAUGGAGAAGAGACUGGUGCUGCCAGUGAAGAUGAUUCUGCAGAAGAUUUAGAUGCCACCACAAAUGACGAUGAAACAGAGGAGAACGAUGCCUCGGCUGUUGAAGCAACAACUGAAGAUGAACUGGUUGUAGAAAAGGAAAUCACCAAAGCUGAUGAAAAUGCAGAAGAAACAAGUGAACAUGAAUCUGAUAAAGAUGCAACUGUUGAAGGUACCAGUGUAAACGAUUCAGAGGAUGACACUGCAGAAGAAAAAGAAAAUGCUGUCACAAGCGAAGAUGAAGAAGAAGUUGGUAGUGAAGAAGAUCUGGGACAAACAACUGAGCAUGAAUCGGGCAAAGAUGCACCUGCAGAAUCCACCAGUGUCGAUGAGUCUGAGUCAGAUGAAAAAGUAACAGCUGAAGACUCAACUGAAGAUGAAAAUGCUGAAGAAAAAGAAAUGGCUGUCACAAGCGAAGAUGAAAUGAAGAAAGAAACAGGUGAACUCAACAAGACUGAAGAGGAAAAUCCAUCAGAUGUUCUGGCGGACACAACUGAACAUGAAUCUGAUGACGAAGAUGCAGAGGAAUCUGGGACAACUGAAUCUGCAGAACAAACUGGUGUUGCCAGCGAAGAUGAUUCUGUAGAAGGCAAAGACGCGUCCUCAAAUUGUGAGACUGCAGAUGAAAGUGAUAACACAGCGAAAGCUGAAGGACUCGAUAAUGGUGAUAACGUAGAGACAAGUGAGAAAAACUCCGAAGAUGUGUCUGAAAAUGGAUCAGACGGGGGAAGCGAUGAAUCAGCGACCGAUGAAAACAAAUCUGAAAACAGUGCAACCACAGGACAAGAGGAUACUUCAAAUGUCACAAACGAUGACGAGUCAGGAGAUCAUUCAGAAGCCAAGCCUGAAAAUGAGACUGUAGAUGAAACAUCAGGGGAAGGUGAAGAUGAGGCAGGAGAUUCGGAAAUGGCAUCAGCCGAAGAGUCUCAUGAGACAGAAUCAUCUGAAAGAAUUGCAGAGAGCAGUGCCACUGACGAUAUUAAAGAAGAAGGAAAAAGUGAAGGUGAUGAAUCUCAUGACGAGAAGGGAGCAGAGGAUGAAACAACAGAGGCUUUGACAACAGGAGAUGAAAUGACAGGAGAGUCAGGAGAACCUGAAAUGGUACAGAAUGAGAUUAGUGAAAGUGAUGGCAGAGAAGAAUCUGGAUCAGAAGAACCAUCUGCUGAAGAUGAGGAUGGAGAAGGUCAAACAGGAAGGGAAGAGUCCACAGAUAACAUGGAGGAUGAAGUUGUGGCACUGAAACACACAGGAGAAGAUAUUGUGGAGAGUGAUCCUGACAAAAUGAAACAUGCAGAAGAAGAAGAAGAAAGUGACAUGACUGAGGACCAUCAAGACGAGACUAAUGACAAAACAGAAUGUUCUGAUGAUGUAGUGGAGCUGAAACCAGAAAAGGAUGUGGAGGAAACAUCAGAAACAAACGAUGAAAACAGUAAAAAUGAGACAAAUGUCACACUAUGUGAACGCAUUAACAUAAGAAAUGGAAGCUGUGAUAAUGACAAAGAUGGUGAAGAAGUUUCUGAGAAAGAGGAAACCGAUACACCCCACGAAGGCUGGAGUGGAAACUCUGCGGAUGGAGAAGAUGAAGAAGAGGAAGACUCCGAUAACCAGGAAGAAGAAGCCGAUGAAGUACGACAACCUUUUGUUACCAGCAAAGCAGAUAGUCAGAGUGCACCUAAAAAAGAGGCUGAGAAAACAAUGUUAAUGCCACUUAAUGAUACUCUGAUAAGUGCAGAAUCUGAGGACGGCGCUUACGCCGAUGUUGAAGAUUCUGAGACUGAAAUAAACAGCCAAGAAGAAGUUACAAGCCUUGAGUCAAAGAGUUUGAAAAAGAAUUCAUCAUAAGUGGACUCUGGAGACAAGAAGAGUCCAGAGAAGAAAGAGGGUCUCUGUCAACCAGUCAGCUGUCAAUACUGAUACUACAAGUGGUGUUGGGAUCCUAGGAGGGCCUGUCAAAUAAAAGGGAACAAUUGAAAAGAUUUUUCUAAUUUCCAGUAAACAAGCACUAAAUAAUUACAAGCACUUUGUUCCAAGUUCCUGCUGCUCAUACAAUUGUAUGAAAAAUUAUCUUAAAAACUUGAAUGUAUAUACUUUACAUAGAGGGUCUGCAUAGUUUAUAUGCUAUAAAUAUUAUAUUUUGAAUCUGUUACAUUCAUGACUUAAAAACAUCACAUGUGCACAUAUACUGUAAGUUUCCUUCAAAUUACUACAGUAUGAUUACACGAUUUUUGCUGCACAUUACUUUUUAGGCGUGAGGAUAUAGUAUAUCUAAUCAAAUCAAACACUUAUGGUUCCAAUAAUAAAAUUAUUUAUUUUUGUAGUUAAUAUUGUACUUUUCUUGGAAUUCAACAAACACUGAUAAUAUUCGUUUUGAAUGUUUAACAUAUGGUUCUGCAGAUACAAUAUUUAGUCUUGGGUCUAAAAAGCAAAACAUCGAUGUAAGUGUAUUAUUAGUUCCACCCUGUAACUGCGUUAUAACUUUAAUCGAUAUCUAUAACAAAGGAACAUCUCUGAAAGUAGCAGGAUUCAGUGCAAGGUUUUGUGUUUCAAAACAUGGUAUCCUAUUGUUAUGUAUCUUAGACAAUUCAUCUGUGUUAAUGAGUAAGAAAAUGCAUUAACCCCUGUGUUACAAAGUUGAUUCUAUAUUGUACUGAUUGUACUGCACAAAUUGUCUCUGGAAUUAAAUGUACAUUAAAGUCA